AUUUAAUUUUAUAUAUAAGCAUUAGUGUAUCACAUUAAAUUUUAAAAAGUGGAUAUUUUGGAAGGAAAUUAUAACCAUGUUUAUUAGACAUCACUAAGUUUUUUGUUAGAUUAAUGCGUUUUAUUUAAUUAUAUCUGUGUAUCUGUAUCAUUCCCAAAGAGAUUGUGAUUAAACAAAUCUGUAUUUAAUAUUUUAUUCAUUACUAAUCUAAUAUGGGAAAUGACUUAUAAGAAUAAUCGUUGAUCAAGACUGCUCUUUAUUUACAAACACUAUUCUGACAAGAAAAUAUAAUUGAAAUAAAUAUAUACGAUUACAUUAAAAAUGUCUUCAUUAACUCGAGAAGGAAAAUCUUCCAAAUCUUCUGACCAAUAUAUUCAAAUGCAACAAUUAUUACCAGUUAAAUUUACACGAAAGCAUGAGAAAUAUAGACCGUCAAAUGCUAUGAAUGCUAUUAUUCCGUAUGCUACUUUAAGAAUGCACAGUAUUACUCAAUUAUCUAAUGAAGAGUGUGCUAAUGCAAUUGCCAAUCAUUUGCAAUCAAGUGAUAAGUUUAUGCAGACUGAUCCUGAAUCGGAGCGAUUCAGGAUGGAAACAUUGAAAGCAAUACCACAAUGUCUUACGGUAAAGAGAUCUGUCAAGUCACAACUAUUAGCGACUGUUAGUCAAAGGACAAAGAGAAAAUCGCUUAGUUAUUGGAAAUGGCUCAAAUAUAACAUUAGUUUAAAAUUUGCAAAGAUUCGAGUGACAAUGCAGAACACUUUGCUGACAAUGAAAUUAUGGCAUCAAGCGAUAAAAACUAUUGAGAGCCAUAAUGGAAGUGGUGUAGCAACAUACUUUAAAUUUUUGAGAUGGUUACUUUUUCUCAACCUAAUCUCUUGUAUUUUAAGCAUAUUUUUUAUUAUAUUACCACAAUCAUUGCAUCAAACACAUGUACAAAACAAUGUUAAAGUAUUAGACUUUUUAACAGGCAGUGCCUUUUUCUCCCACACAAUAAUGUAUUAUGGUUUUUAUUCCAAUGGCACAGUAGACACACCAUUUGGGUCCAAAUAUAGCAUUCCAUUUGCUUAUUUCCUAACGCUACUUUUUUGUUACACAGUUACUUUUGUUAUACUUUCUGUUAAAGUUAUAUCUUCUUAUAGAAAGUCUUACAUAGAAACACGUGGAAAAUUGCGUGAUUUAUAUAGCAAUAAAAUAUUUUGCGGAUGGGAUUUUAGUAUAUCUUUACCAAAAACUGCUGCUCUGCAAUCGGCAUCUAUUUACAAAGAAUUGGAGGAAUUGUUAGCGGAAACAAGAGAGCAUGCACAUUUGCAUUGGCUUGACAAGUUUUUACUAAUUAUAAUGCAACUUAGCGUAACAGCUAUUGUUAUAUUUAUGAUUUGUGGCGCUGGUAUACUCGUUUGGCUGCUAUUACGACAUUACGAGAUAGGGACAUCCAGAACUAUUUCAGUGAUGAUUGUACCAAUAAUCAUUACUAGUAUUAUUCAUAUCUUUCCAAUAAUUAUUUUCUAUUUAGCAUCACUAGAACACUAUAACAAUAAACGCACAGAACUUUACGUGACAGUAGUUAGGAAUCAUGCGGUUGCUGCGACAAUAAUUGGUACCUUAUUUACCUUCUGGAUAAUCAACAGUACAUCACAUUGUUGGCAAACAGACUUGGGGGAAGAAAUUUAUCGACUCAUUAUACUGGAUUUCAUUGCUUCCAUAUUAGGAAUGUGUUUGCAAUUUACACGUUCCAUGUUGUAUAAGAGAUUGUCGAGGAAGAUUCCCAGACCGGAAUUCGAUAUUGCUCGCAAUACAUUGAAUCUUAUAUACAAUCAGAUGCUCUUUUGGAUGGGCUUCUAUUUCAGUCCACUAAUGUCUCUUAUAAUUGUGAUAAAGCUCAUCUUCACGUUUUACGUAAAAAGAUACGAGUUGAAAAAGUGCUAUCAACAAUCGUCGCAGCCUUGGCGAGCGGCGCAAACGCAAACUGUAUUCUUGGCUCUUGCGUUUAUUGGCAUGGUCGUUGUGUUAUUCACAAUAGGAUAUGUCAUCACGAACGUGGAAAGUGACGACUGUGGACCAUUCAGAAAUUAUUCUCACACUUGGGAUUUCAUUGUUGAUGGAAUGUUAUCGUUGAAAAGAGAUAGCACAUUUUGGAGUGUUGUUUCGGAACUCGCGAGACCUGUAACUGGCGCUGCAAUAUUGGUCGGCAUGUGUAUUGCAAUCUACUGUUUGCGGGCAAAAACAGAAGCGAGUAAGGAAAUGUUGCAAAUUUUAUCCAACAUGCUUCUUCUGCAGUCUCAAGAUAAGCAAUUUCUCAUGAAAAGUUUCGCUAAAUUUGCCAAUGAACGUACUCUUGUUCAUAACAAUCCUACUCAACAUGCUAGUUCUACUGAGCAAAACCAUGAAGAAACUGUACAUUCUCGCCGACGUAAUUUACCAUCGACCAGUUUCGAAGAGAGAUUAUAUUGAUAUUAUGAUAUACGCCAAUUGAUAAUCUGGUGGCAAAUUACCAAAGCAUACAUUAGAAAUUAAUCGAUAUUUUCUCAUAAUUAUAUUUAUGCUUAUAGAUAUUAUAAAAUAUUAUU